AUCUUUGUAUCUGUAGAGGUAAUCACGUGUUGUUCUGUACGUAUGCACUUCCAUUUUCACUCUCGUGGAAAAAUGGCCUCGUUGAUGUUCCCGAGUCUAUUGGUGUUGUGUCUACAACUAGCAGCUGCCCAGACGGACGUAACACGCUGUCCUAUCAACCUGCAGAGGGGGCCUGCCUUGCAGAGUUUCGAAAACCAUUGUUACACGUUUGAAAUCCACCAUCACCAAGACUGGGCUCACGCCAAUAAUGACUGCCAUGCCAAGGGUGGAUUCCUUCUAACGAUCCACUCAUCCAUGGAGCAGAAUUUCAUAAUGACAGAGCUAGGCUCUCUCAGCUUCGCGGGAAAUGGCGUAUGGCUAGGACUGACGGACCAGAACACGGAGGGAACAUUUGUGUGGGCUGACGAUAGUCCUGUAGAUUAUACCUACUGGGCUAGUGGACAGCCGGCUGGUCUGGGAGGUAUUGCUGCAGCACAAGAGGACUGCACCCUACUGAAAUACCGCGACUCCGGUCACUGGCAUGAUUAUCCGUGUUCCUCCAUCUUGUUCAUCCCAGAGAACUAUGGCUGGAUUUGCAAAUUUAAUAUGACACCAGAAAAAGUGACAACGCCACAACCCAUAGUGGUGUCUACACCAACACCUGUUACAGUGGUAUAG